CGGACGGAUCGGGUUGAUGAUUUCGAAAGUUCCCGUGACCAAAGAAUGGUUGAGCAAAUCGUUGUACUCUCUAGUGUUAACUUUAGUUUUUAAAAAGUGUUCCAAGUAGAGUAGUUACAGUUAUUAGAAGCCAUUAGAAGCCGGAUUUAAAUUUUGAAUAUUUUUUCUGUUCGAGAACCAAUGAAUUUUGUGCGGUAAUGAGUUCCCAAGGAUGCGGUUGAAGUCAAAAUUUCAAACGUAGAAGGAUCAUUAGCUGAACGGAUUAAAUAUUUGUACUAGAUAUUCUCUAGAGAAUUUACAGCAGCAACAAUAACGAUGGCAAUCCUGGACGAUCAAACCACUAGCCAGGAUGGUAUUCAGUACAAAAUAUCGAACUCCAUGACUCCGGAUGAACUGAUGAGGCACCUAUUCUAUGAGUGCUUCAAAGAUCGUUUUCGAAAUCUCUCUACGGAUGCAGCACCAACAUCUAACUCGCAUAACAACAUCAACAACGACGAAGGUGGCAAUUCAAACGAGCCGGUACCCGUGGUGGCAUCAUCUGUUUUCGGAGUAACCGAACCCCUUCUGGCGGCAUCUCCGGCUUCCGGCGGCUCCCUCGUCUGUCCCCGCGUUUUCGAUGGAUGGUCCUGCUGGGCGGCCACUCCGGCCGGAUCGGUGGCCGAAAACUACUGUCCCGAUUUUAUCGUAGGCUUUGACCCCAGCAGGUUGGCUUAUCGAACAUGUCUUCCCAAUGGUUCCUGGUUCGUUCAUCCGGAAUCCGAACGGCACUGGUCCAACUACACUACCUGCGUCGAUUGGGACGAUUUAGAGUUCCGGCGUUUGGUAAACGAUCUGUACAUCGGGGGUUACACCAUUUCAUUGAUCACGCUCAUCGUGUCGCUGUCUGUCUUCUUUAGCUUUAGGACCCUGAAAUGCACUCGCAUCCGCAUCCACAUCAACCUGUUCAUCUCGCUGGCCCUGAGCUGCAUCUGCUGGCUCUGUUGGUACAAGCUUGUCAUCGAAGAUCCGGAUGUGACCAACCGAAACGAGGACUGGUGCAUUGGAUUGCACAUCCUGCUCCAUUACCUGAUGCUGGUCAACUAUUUCUGGAUGUUUUGCGAAGGGCUCCACCUACAUCUGGUGCUGGUAAUUGUCUUCAUCAAGGAUGCCAUUGCGAUGCGAUGGUUUGUCACCAUCGGUUGGAUACUUCCGGUUCUGUUCGUCGCAACCUAUGCAGCGAUCCGGAGCAACUACACCAACGAUGUGGAGCACUGCUGGAUGGAGGAAAGCCAAGCCAUGUGGUUGCUGACGGUUCCGGUGAGCCUCUCGUUGGUCGCCUCGGUGGUGUUUCUGGUCAAUGUGGUCCGGGUGCUGCUGACCAAGCUGAGCUCAACCUCGCCCAAUCCGGCUCCACUGGGGUUGAAGAAGGCCACCCGGGCGACGCUUAUACUGAUACCUCUCUUCGGGCUGCAGCACAUCCUGCUCCCGUUCCGUCCGGAUAAGGGUUGCGAGCUGGAACGCCCCUAUCAGGUGGUGUCGGCCGUCCUGAUCAGCCUACAGGGCGCCUGCGUUUCCUGCUUGUUCUGCUUCGCCAAUCACGAUGUGAUCUUUGCGAUCCGCUGCCAGCUGAGCCGAUUCUUCCCGGAGCUGGUACAUCAUCCGUUCCACGAAAGCUACAACGGUGGUCAACCGGCUACGCAAAGCCGCGACAUGGUCGUAUGACUGCUGGGCUUUCGACGCGGCACCAGAACCACCGGAAGCCACGAGGUCAUCGGGGAGUGCGUCGUCGAGGGAGGAGUUUAAAAUACGUUGGGAGGGAAUAGAGUGGUUAAUAUUUCGAUGUUCGAUCUUAAAAAAUGUGGAAUAUUUAAUGAAUGUUGAUCAAAUCAUAGACUAUAAGAAGUGUGGAGGGAUCGAACAGAUCCGUUAAGGUUUUCCAAGAUACGUAUCGGUCCUAAUGUGAGAUGGAAAUGUAA